UGGAGACUUUGGUCAGCCUAUCGUCACAUGGUGAAGGCAAACCCUUAAAAAACCUCCACGUUGCACGCCCGAGACCCCAGUCUUCUCUUGUGUGCAACACACCAGCUGGUCUUGGUUGUUCAUCCUGCUUUCUCUACCCUAGAAGGCCUCCGAGGUAACAUCAUGUCAGACACUGAGGAAAUUGUGGAGGAGUACGAAGAAGAGGAGGAGGUGAAUGAGGAGGAAGAAGAAGUUGUAGAAGAGGAGCUGGAGGACGAUGAAGCAGAGACGAAAGAAAAGCAUGCAGAGGAGAACGAGCAGGAGGAGGACUCCAAAUGGCGGCCUAAGACAACUUAUGUGCCCAACAUUGCUCCUCCGAAGCUCCCUGAUGGCGAGAAGGUGGAUUUCGAUGACCUGCACCGCAAGAGAGUAGAAAAGGAUUUCAACGACCUCCAGACCCUGAUCGAGUCGCAUUUCUCCACCCGUCAGAAAGAGGAGGAAGAGCUGGUCGCGCUGCGUAACCGCAUUGAGCGCCGUCGAUCAGACAGGGCAGAACAACAACGUGUCCGCUCCGAGGAGGAACGUGAACGGCAAACACGUCUAGCCGGGGAGAAGACAAGGCGUGAGGAGGAGGCAGCCAAACUGCGCGCCGACGAGGAGGCAAAGAAGAAGAUGAUAUUCACCAACAAGUCCUUUGGCGGCUACCUGCAGAAGGUGGACCAGAAGAAGGGCAAGAAGCUGACAGCACGGGAGGAGAAAAAGAAGGCCCUGAUGGAGCGCCGGAAGCCACUCAACAUCGACCACCUGAACCAGGAGAAGCUUGCGGAGAAGGCGCAGGACCUGUGGCAGUGGCUCCACCAGCUGCAUGCAGAAAAGUUUGAGCUGGCCGAAAAGCUCAAGAGGCAGAAGUACGACAUCUACGUGCUCCGAAACCGAGUCAGCGACCACCAGAGGGGCUCCAAAGCAUCCAAGACCUCCCGCGGGGCCAAGGGCAAGUCUGGUUCCUGGAAGUAAACUAGACUGCCUCUAGUUGUUUCUGGACUAUUUAUCUCCUUUUUACAACAUGUACCAUAAAAGCUAUCCUAUGGAUUGUAGGGCUGAAUGAUUUGGGGGGGGAACUCUAAUUGUGAUUUUUCUGCCAGACAUUGCGAUUGCGAUUCACGAUAACAAAAAAAAAGUUUAGCUAAAGUUCAAUAUUCACUGUGUAACAGAUAAAACAUGUCUUGGAGUAUUAUAACAUGAGACACCAUCAAAACUGCUCUAUAUUCUUAUGUAAUGAUGAGAACAUAGAUAUGAGCUGCCUGAAAUAAGUGUUUUUCUAUUAAUAAACAUGGAACAUUGAACAGUCAAACAAAGAACAUUUAUCACAAAAGCUAAAGUUAUAAUAAUAAUAAUAAAAACAAUUCCAAUAAGAAUAUCAGUACUUGUUUUGUAAACUAAAAUGUCUGAAAUGCUUCAGUUCAUUAGCAGCAUCUACAUAUUGCACCUUCUACCAUUAUGUUAAAUAAAAUAAUACAAAAUAAUAAAAGAAAUCCACUGAAAGUGGGACAUUUCUGUAAACAAUCUGUGACAUUAUUUCAGCAUCUAUCUUAUGAAAAAACAGUGGAUAUAACAAUAAUAAGAGGAAUAAAAAAUGUUAAACCAAAUAUGACACCAAACAUUUAACUAAAUAUUGCACAUUUGAUUAAUCGCGGUCGUCACGAUUAGCUAAUAGCAUUUUUUCAAAUCUCGAUUUCGAUUAUAAAACGAUUAAUCUUUUAGCCCCAAUGGAUUGUGAGUGGAUUUGAGGGGGAACUCAAGUACAUGAAGUUAAUCAAGCCAUAACAUAUUGAAUGAUAUAAAUGGUAUACAUAUCUGAUUGUUCUAACUUUUUCAUACUGCUAUUCAUCUGUUUACAAGCUGUAGACUUUAUUAAAUCUGAUGGAAUGUGGGGUGGUGUUGAUUUCCCUACUCAACUAGA